GAGAAGCCAUGCUGGCAGAAAGACUGGGCGCCCGAGGAGGGCGAGAAGCCGUCAGGACCAAACAGUCUGGCUCGAAUUUUUGUGCAGGUUGCACAAUUUUGGGAUGGUACGAGAGGAUCUCAUGUUUAUUCACGGGAAACGUCGAAGAAACGGCUCGUUUCGAUGCUUGGAAAACAAGAAAUCGAUUUUUUUUUCACCACGAAAAAAAAAAAAAAUCUCAGUCGCGUCACGUGGUGUUCUAUCACCCAAUCGGCGGAUUGCUGACGUUUCUGGAAAAAAUGUCCUUUGUUCUGCGUCCGACCAAGUUAUCGGAAAAAUGGUAUGAAUAGUAAGGAAAAGUAACAUGUGGAUAUGGGAACGGGUUUCGUGCAGUAUAUACCUUCAUUUUGGAUAUGGCAACCAAUCGCCUUUGCGAAGAAGUUUGGGAUUUUUUUUAUCCGUCGUUUAAGCGUGCUGCAGUAACCACGAGCUAAAGCAGUCAUGUGACUCCCCCCUCCCCCCAUACCGAGGCAUGAAUGGGGGAAGAAGAAGACAGACAUGUUUGAGGGAAAUGAGUUGUGGAAAAAAAGAAACGUGGCCGGGGGAAAAGAAAGGAAAAACCAGCAUGUGGAUUUCUUAAAGGACAAUCUUUUAAAUCAUCAUUUGCCUUUGGAAUUAAUCUUGCAGUAGUUCGCUUUAUCUCGUUCUUAAACCCAGGAAUUUAGUCUGCCUAAUUUAAGAUUUAGUUUUUUUGUUUUGAAUAAGUUUUUCUUCUUUUAAUGUAUUUGAUUUAGUAUGGUUACCGACUAUUUUUAUAUUCUUGCUAGAGCUGGUUAACGAGAUGAGUAGGGUGACAUUGCAGUAAACGUGUAACCUUGUCAGUGGGGGAUGGGUGGUGGUGUACUGUGGCAAGUGAUUGCAUGAGUGACUAGUGAGUUGAAUAACUAAAUCAGUUAAUUUCUUAAUGGCUGGAGUAGGUAAUUAGAUUUAGUAUAACGUAAGGUUAAGGUUGUGGGCAUUGGUCAUAACAUUUGACUUGGAAAUGUGUAACUAACUCUCUGGAUAGCAAAAAUAGCUGGCUAAAUGUGUUUGGGAUUUGAUCAUACUUGUCAGUCUCGUUGAAACAAAUUCAGAUAUGACGCAGUUUCUUUACUACAUAGGCUAAUAGCUGGAACGAUGGUGUUUUUGCUGCAAUACAAAGGAAAUUUGAAAUGUUACAUCCCUCGGGCGUGCGGCCUAGUUGCAGGCGGAUCAGACAAAUGGUAUGCUGGAAUUUGUCUAAAUUAAUAACGCCUUACUCUGGAAUCGGCACUGGUGCUUGUUAGACGUUAAUAUAGAUAAAUGUAGAUGAAUUUGUGUUGUAUGAAACGGGACUCCAGCGGAGUAGCUGUCUGAGCCAGACAAGCCAGAAAUUUGCUGUGUCAUUCAAUGGAGGGCAGGCGUUUAAAUUUGUCCCUUGGUUGGAAUCUUGUCAAGUGUUGUUUAGCCUCCCUGUUUCAUCCGAAACAAAUAAUAAGUGAAAAGGCCGUUUUAAAUGUAAGGAUGUGUUUGUGCUUUGGUCUUUGUGUUGCCUAGAUCUUAAAAUUCGGUAAAAUUCGCAUGGGGAAAUCAGCCUAGCUAAGACAAUUAGUGUUAUGCAACUGCGGCCUUGCCACCAGGGCAGAACAGGGUGGAGGCCUUGUUUGCGUCAGAUGGUUUGAUCACAAAGGUGCGUUUGUUUUUUGUCACAGGGGCUGGCCAGUCGAUGUGUUUUGGGUAUAUUUCAGUCGCCCGCAUAUGAUAUUUUAUUACAACGUGAAGCGAGCUACCUAGAUAAGUUUGCUCCAGCCAGUUGGCGUUUGUUUUAAUGCUAUGUGUAACGUUAGCAGUGGUGGAACGGGUAGCCAACUAACAUUUGCUAGAAACCAGGGAGCGCGGGGGAGGUGGUCAUCGGGUUUUGUCUUAAGUUUACUAAUUAACUAUUCUGGUUGAUCAGAGGCUAUCGGAGGUUGUUUUUCCUUUGUUCGUGCAACGUUAGUGGGCAACGAAACAACUUCCUGACAUUCAUGUUUCUGACCCUCACCUUUCUGAAAUAUUGUAAUUCUUGUUAUGGGAGACUGAAAUGAUUUUAUUUUAGUAUUUUGACUUCUGGGUCUUACCGACGGUUGGCAAACGCAACUCGCCCGUCCCGUCUAGUGUAAGUCAAAAUGGCGACUCCACUAUGAGACUGAGACAAAAAUUGCGGAGACCGAGAGCGAAACUGUCAGGACCCCGGAAUGCAGGAGGCAGGCGUCUGUGCGCGUGAGCUAGUCGACUGUCCAAUGGCGUGCCUUCAGCCCACACUCGCUGCCCGCGCCUGAAAUUCAGCGGCCAAUCGGUGCGCUCUCUUUCCCCACGUUGACGUAAUGCAGCCGGGAAAGAUGCUGGGAGGGGCGGGAGCGUAACGUUUCAUAGACAGGCGCGUGAGGGAGCCAGUGACAGACGAGCUAGUUUGAGUUUCGUUGUAGCCAGCCAAUGACCUCACAGGUUUGACCUGAAGGACAACUGCGAUAACCCAAUUGGUUGACAGGGAACGUUUGUCGGGUGGGCUUAAGCAAAAUGAGGCGUAGCUUGUUAAAUGGAUAGCACGAAUGGCCUAUUAAAAAUUAGGGGGCGUGGAAAUGUGGCUGUCACUUCAUCCAAUCCGGGUAUGGGUAGCUUUAUAAAAAGCCGGGCGGAGGUAGUGCGUCGCCAUUUCGCUGAAGCGGUGAACUGGAGGAAGAGAGGAGGAAUUGGAGGAAAGGGAAGGAGAGACGGAAACCGAAAAGAGAUCGGUCUUUAAACAGAAUCCGGAUCCAUCCUGAUGGAAACGGCCAUUAACCCGCCCCUUGACAGGCUGGUGUCGGACGGCAGCACCUCCCUGGGAGGGGACGCGGGGCUUCACUCGGUCACAGCGAUGGACCAGGGCGUCUCGGGCCCUGGGAAGCGCAUCCGCAAGCCGUCGCUCCUGUACGAGGGCUUCGAGGGCCCGGCGCUCCCCCACGCUCCCCCCUCCGGCCCCCCCCAGCCCCCCGUACGGGACCCCAGCCGCCCGGGCCGCAUGACCAACCAGCUGCAGUUCCUCCAGAAGGCCAUGAUGAAGUCGCUAUGGCGACACCACUUCGCCUGGCCCUUCCACGAGCCGGUGGACGCCGCCAAGCUGAACCUGCCCGACUAUCACAAGAUCAUCAAGCAGCCAAUGGACAUGGGCACCAUCAAAAAACGCCUGGAGAACAACUACUACCGCAGCGCCAGCGAGUGCAUGCAGGACUUCAACACCAUGUUCACCAACUGCUACAUCUACAACAAGCCUACAGAUGACAUCGUGCUGAUGGCCCAGUCUCUGGAGAAGGCCUUCCUCCAGAAAGUGGCCCAGAUGCCCCAGGAGGAGAUCGAGCUCCCUCCUCCCGUGCCACGGGGCAAACCGGGCAAGCCUGCCAAGGGCCGGAGAGUGAUGGGUGGAGUGACUACAGCUCACCAGGUCCCGGCAGUCUCUCAGUCGGUAUACUCUCCCCCGACCCCUGACACCCCCAACUCGCUGCUGUCCACCCCCCCACAGACCCUGCUGGCCAAGAGCCUGCCCCCCACGGCUCACAGCACCCCUGCCAUGCUGGGGCUGCCCCCUACUCAGCCCACAGCCAAGAAAAAAGGUGUGAAGCGGAAAGCCGACACCACCACGCCCACCACCGUGGGCUUGGCCCUGGGCGUGGGGGGCGGGGUCGGCGGGAUGGGGGCGGGGCUUGGCGGUGGUGGAGGCCACUCCCCACUCACCCUCUCCCCCCUGGACUCGAAGGCCGGGUUCGGGCUGGGGGCGGGGCGGCCGGCAGGCGGGCCCGGGGUGCCAGCGAAGGUGCAGGCGCGGCGGCGGGAGAGCGGCCGGCCCAUCAAGCCGCCGCGGAAGGACCUGCCCGACUCGCAGCAGCACCAGCCGUCGCGGCGGGGCAAGCUGAGCCAGCAGCUGCGCUACUGCAGCGGUGUGCUGAAGGAGCUGCUCUCCAAGAAGCACGCCGCCUACGCCUGGCCCUUCUACAAGCCCGUCGACGCCUCCACGCUCGGCCUGCACGACUACCACGACAUCAUCAAGCACCCCAUGGACCUCAGCACCAUCAAGAGGAAGAUGGACAGCCGAGAGUACAGAGACGCUCAGCAGUUUGCCGCAGAUGUCCGGCUCAUGUUCUCCAACUGCUACAAGUACAACCCCCCCGACCACGACGUGGUGGCCAUGGCACGCAAACUACAGGACGUCUUCGAGUUCCGUUUCGCCAAAAUGCCGGACGAGCCCCCGGAGGAGACGCCCCCGGCCUCCAUGGGAGGGAUGAUGGGCAUGUCCAUGAUGCACUCUUCGUCGUCCUCCUCUUCCUCGGAGAGCGAGCUGAGCAGCGAGAGCGAGAGCGAGAGCAGCCCCAGCUCCGACAGCGAGGAGGAGAGGGCGCACCGCCUGGCCGAGCUGCAGGAACAGGUGUGUACGCAGCUGAGGGCUGUGCACGAGCAGCUGGCCGCCCUCUCCCAGGGCCCCAUCUCCAAGCCCAAGAGGAAGCGGGAGAAGAAGGAGAAGAGGAAGAAGAAGAAGCCGGAGAAGCACCGGGGCGGCCGGGCGGCGGCGGCCAUCCUGGACGAAAUCGUGGAGCGGCCCCCAAAGAUACCCAAGACCACCUCCAAGACCCCCAAGGCCAGCCGCGCGGCCCCCACAUCCACACAGGGCAAGAAGGGCGCCGGCAAGAAGAGCAGCAAGAACAAGUCCUCCAAGAAGGCGCAGUCAGCGUCGGCGGCGUCGCACGUGGGCCCGGCGGCGGCGGCGCACGGCAGCCUGCACCCCCACUACGACUCGGAGGAGGAGGAGGAGGGCCGGCCCAUGAGCUACGACGAGAAGCGGCAGCUGAGCCUGGACAUCAACAAGCUGCCGGGCGAGAAGCUGGGCCGCGUGGUGCACAUCAUCCAGUCCCGCGAGCCCUCGCUGCGCGACUCCAACCCCGAGGAGAUCGAGAUCGACUUCGAGACGCUCAAGCCCUCCACGCUGCGUGAGCUGGAGCGCUACGUCAUGACCUGCUUGCGCAAGAAGCCCCGCAAGCCCUACGUGGUGAAGAAGGCAGGCAGCGGGAAGACCCGGGAGGAGCUGGCUCUGGAGAAGAAACGGGAGCUGGAGAGGAGGCUGCAGGACGUUAGCGGCCAGCUCAACUCUGGCAAGAAGCCCCCGAAGACGAAGGUGGAGAAGCCCAGCACGGUGGAGUCGCACGCCGUGGCCUCCCGGCUCAGUGCCAGCAGCUCCAGCUCCGACUCUUCCUCCUCCUCCUCGUCCUCGUCCUCCUCCGACACCAGCGACUCGGACUCGGGGUGAUGUCAGCGCCGGGGGCGGGCGGGGCCCGAGACCUCGGAGGCAGAGCCGACGCCCAAGGCGGCGGCAGAGCGGGCGGAAGCAGAGCGGCCUGGGGACUGAGGGGAGGGGCGGG